AUGGCCGGCCUGGAGUUUUGGGGCCACCCUGCUGGACCUCUCUUGCUGCUGCUGCUGGUGGAGCUGCCACCCCGGGCCCUGCCAGAAGGACCCCUGGUGUUCGUGGCUCUGGUAUUCCGCCAUGGCGACCGGGCCCCACUGGCCUCCUACCCCAUGGACCCACACAAGGAGGUGGCCUCCACCCUGUGGCCACGAGGCCUGGGCCAGCUGACCAGGGAGGGGGUCCGUCAGCAGCUGGAGCUGGGCCGCUUCCUGAGGAGCCGCUAUGAGGCCUUCCUGAGUCCGGAGUACCGGCGGGAGGAGGUGUACAUCCGCAGCACGGACUUUGACCGCACGCUGGAGAGCGCCCAGGCCAACCUUGCCGGGCUGUUUCCCGAGGCUGCUCCCGGGAGCCCCGAGGGCCACUGGAGGCCGAUCCCGGUGCACACGGUGCCCGUGGCUGAGGACAAGCUGCUGAGGUUCCCCAUGCGCAGCUGUCCCCGAUACCAUGAGCUGCUGCGGGAGGCCACCGAGGCCGCUGAGUACCGGGAGGCCCUGGAGGGCUGGACGGGCUUCCUGACUCGCCUGGAGAACUUCACGGGACUGUCGCUGGUUGGAGAGCCACUGCGCAGGGCAUGGAAGGUUCUGGACACCCUCAUGUGCCAGCAAGCCCACGGUCUUCCACUACCAGCCUGGGCCUCCCCAGAUGUCCUGCGGACUCUUGCCCAGAUCUCGGCUUUGGAUAUUGGAGCCCACGUGGGCCCACCCCGGGCAGCAGAGAAGGCCCAGCUGACAGGGGGGAUCCUGCUGAAUGCUAUCCUUGCCAACUUCUCCCGGGUCCAGCGCCUGGGGCUGCCCCUCAAGAUGGUCAUGUACUCAGCUCAUGACAGCACCCUGCUGGCCCUCCAGGGGGCCCUGGGCCUCUAUGAUGGACACACCCCACCAUAUGCUGCCUGCCUCGGCUUUGAGUUCCGGAGGCACCUGGGGGAUCCCAACGAAGAUGGAGGGAAUGUCACCAUCUCCCUCUUCUACCGCAAUGACUCCGCCCACCUGCCCCUGCCUCUCAGCCUCCCCGGGUGCCCGGCCCCCUGUCCACUAGGCCGCUUCUACCGGCUGACCGCCCCGGCCCGGCCUCCGGCCCAUGGGGUCCCCUGCCAUGGCCCCUAUGAGGCUGCCAUCCCCCCAGCUCCAGUGGUGCCCCUGCUGGCCGGAGCUGUAGCUGUGCUGGUGGCACUCAGCUUGGGGCUGGGCCUGCUGGCCUGGAGACCAGGGUGCCUGAGGGCCUUGGGGGGCCCCGUGUGAACCAGAAACCAGGGCUUCCCUACCCCCAGCUGACACUGGACCCCAACAUGUGUGCUCACUAGCUGCUCUGGCUUCUGUGACUUACUGUGCGCCUGGGUGCAUGGGGAACGAGGGCUGGGUGGAGUCUGGCCUGGAAACCGGUGUGUGCAUG